AUGGUUGCUUUCAAGAAUCUCGGUGUUGCGGCUCUCCUCUCGCUUGGACUAGCCUCCCGCGGCCUUGCUGCCGAGGAUGAAGCCAGCGAUGUUGCCGCCCGAGGUGUAGAGCUCGAUGCCACUGCUGAGCUUCUGGCCCGCUUCUCCGAGCUCGAGCUCGAGGAGAGAGAUGAGGAGGACGAGUUGGAGGCUCGGGACCUGCUCGAGGAAGAGUCUCUCUUUGCUCGCACCUCACAUAGGCCUCAGCCUCGCCCAGGACCCAAGCCCUCACCACCCAGGGGUCGAAGGAGCCUUCAGUAUGACGAUGAGUAUCUGUUCGCUCGCACCUCACAUGGGCCUAAGCCUGGCCCGGGACCUAAGACCUCGCCACCUAGAGGUCGAAGGGAUCUCGGUUACAACGAUGGAUAUCUGUUUGCUCGCACCUCACAUAGGCCUCUGCCUGGCCCACGGCCUAAGCCCUCGCCACCUAGAGGUCGAAGGGAUCUCGGUUACAACGAUGGAUAUCUGUUUGCUCGCACCUCACAUAGGCCUCUGCCUGGCCCACGACCUAAGCCCUCACCACCCAGGGGUCGAAGGAGCCUUCAGUAUGACGAUGACUAUCUCUUUGCUCGUGGGACAUCGCCCAACCCUAAGCCCAAGCCUAGACCUGCACCAAAGCCUGCACCCAAGCCCGACCCUAAGCACAAGGGCCGAAAGUCGUAA